ACUCUAGAGCGCAAUUCUUGUUUUAUAUUUUCUAACCAAAACCCAAAAUAUUCAUCACCUCCUUAGCUAACCCACAAAACAACAUGCCUUCCUCCUUGCACCUCCACCGCUCCACCACCACCACCUUCAGCGGCGGCUGCCACCACAAACAACAAACACUCACGCGGUGUCUCCCUCUUCCUCACUGUGUCUUGCUGCCGGAAACGGUCCCUCCGUACCACGUCCACACCCUGAGACCGAACCAGUGUUGUUCCGCGGUGGUCCAAGCCAUCGAAGCCCCCGUGGAGACAGUCUGGUCUUUCGUUCGUCGCUUUGAUAACCCCCAAGCUUACAAACACUUCCUCAAGAGCUGCAACGUGAUCGCCGGCGACGGAAACGUGGGUAGUCUUCGUGAAGUCCACGUGGUGUCCGGCCUCCCAGCAGGCUCAAGCACGGAGAGGCUGGAGAUCCUUGACGAUGAGCGUCACGUGCUUAGCUUUAGCGUGGUGGGAGGCGAUCACCGGUUGAGAAACUACAGGUCGGUCACAACCUUACAUGCUUCCCCGGAUGGUAAAGGCACGGUUGCCGUCGAAUCAUUCGUCGUCGAUGUACCGCCGGGUAAUACUAGAGAGGAUACGUGUAGUUUUGUUGAUACAAUUGUACGUUGCAACCUUCAAUCUUUGGCUCAAAUGACUGCAAAUAUGGCUAAAACACAGAACUCCUCAUCCCCUUAAUCAUUCAAUCUAUUUCUCUUUAACUCUUUCGUUUUCGAUGUGGGAAUCCAUAGAUCAAAUAGAGGCCUCGGUGAAGUUGAAGAUUCUAGCUUUGACGAUAUCACCCCAUUUUCUUUUUUUUUUCUCUUCCUUUCUCCCUGUAAUUAUGAAUGUGUUUCACAAAAGUGUAUCAUCUAUAGUAAUUAAUCUUGUGAAUUCUACCU